CUUUUACACACCAUCAUGAGAUUCAUUUGCUUAGCGAUUGUCACCCUUGCCGUCAUGGCCCAAGCAGAAAAGGUCAAAGACAAACGUUUGGCAGUGGAUCCCAACACCGGAUACCAUCAAGCCUCUGCGUACUCCCACCAACCUGCUCAACCCCAAUACGUCUCGGCUCAACCACAACAACAGCACUACUACCAACCCGAGGCCGUUCAACAACAAGCAGUUGCGUAUACCCAACCAAUUAGCAAGUAUGCUUCUGCAGGUGCAUCCCCAGUACAAAAGUACACUUUUACACAACAACCCAAACAGCAAAUACAAUAUUCUUCAGCGGCCGAUGUGUCCAGCUUUAGCUACAGCAGCCCUAUUGUAUCAUACAAUAACUUAGGACUUUUGAAACAAAUUGCUGGCCAACAAGCUUCAAGUCAGGACGUCCCCGUCUCUUACCAAUCAGAACAAUCAGCAAAAUCCGACUACAGUUCCCAACCCAAAGUGCAGUAUAUAACGUCACCUAAAGUUCAAUACACUCCAUCAGCUGUUCAAUACACCUCAUCUCCCAAACUUCAGUACACUUCAGCUGCUAAAACCCAAUACAGCGCUGUUCCAUCAAAUGCUUACUCAGCUAGUGCUGCUCCAUCAAAUGCUUACACAGCCACUUCUGCACCUAAUUACGAAGAAAUAUACCAACAAAUCGCUCAAAAAGCUGCCUAUUCUGCUGCCGAACAACAACCUCAAGCUCCACAACAACCCGUUUAUCACCAAGCUGCACCACAAAAGCUCGCUUACCAACAAGCUGCUUCUCCUGUAGUCUACCAAUAUCAAAAGGCUGCUGCUGCUCAAGCCGCUACCCAAGAAGAAACUUAUUCUUCAGCUCCUUCUCAACAAUACACCUACCAACUGCCACAAGAGUACGAGUCUGCCGCUCAAUCCAGUCCACAGCUCUACUAUUCUCAGUCAGCAGGUUCAGCUGCGCAAGCUCCACAGUAUUACACGUUGGGAUCGCAGGGCCAUUCAAAGGCGGGUGUCACAUAUUCCUCUUAAAUUGUUUUUUACGUUAUUUAUUUUAUUGCAAAACUCUGUUGUACAUAGUUUUCCCUUCAAAUCUGUACUGUUUUAAUUUGAUAGCUAAAUAUAAUGUUUUUUAUUUUUUUGUAAAA